AUGCGCUACCAUGGCCACGACGUUGUCGUCUACGAAAAGAUUCGCGCGUUCCGGCGGCUGGGCGAUUCGCUGGGCCUGGGCGAGAACGCACUCAAGCUCUUGAAGCGGUGGCAGGCGACGGACGAGCUCCACGGCACGUUGACGUCGAUCGGCAACAGCUCGGAGACGAUGCAGAUCCGGCGGUGGCAGGACGGACAGGUGCUGGCGACGCAGCCGCUGAUGGACAUGGCCGGGCGCAUUGGGCACCGGGGCGACUACCACGAGGCGUUUCUGGCGGGCGUGCGGGCGGCGGGCAUCCCGUUGACGAUGGGGAGGGAAGUGGUGGCCUACGAGGAACCGGAGCCAGCCCCGAGACCCGGCGCGACCAAUGCGACUGAUGCGACUGACGCGACCGACGGAAGGACCAGAAAACGAGUGGUUGUCCAUUUCGCCGACGGCACAACGGACGACGCCGAUCUCGUGGUGGGCGCCGACGGCAUCAAGUCGCGGGCGCGGGAGCUGGUGCUGGGGUUUGUGGACGCGCCUCGCAGCAGCGGGUACGCAUGCUUCCGGGCCUACGUUCCAGGCGACCUCUUGGCAUCCAUCGACGACAAAGGGUGCCGCCAGUUUGUGGACCACGACUGCGUCAACAUUUGGAUCGGGCCGGACACGCAUCUGGUGCAGAACACGCUGCGGGACGGCGCCGAGUUCAACUGGAUCGUGACGCGGAAGAUCCCGACGAAGCAGAGAGAGGCAGAGAUGCUGGCGGGCGAGUCGUGGUUCCAGCCGGGCAAUAUGGAUGAGGUGCGGCGGUGCGUGGCGGACCUGGACCCCCGAAUCCGGGCGGCCGUCGAGGCCACAGACGCGUGUCUGGAUUGGAUCAUCUGCUACCGCGACCCGCUGCCGACGUGGGUGUCUGCGCAGUCGCACCAGAUCGCGUUGCUGGGCGACAGCUGCCACGCGCAUCUUCCGACGAGUGCCCAAGGCGCCAGCCAGGCCACGGAGAGCGCGGGCGUGCUGGCGGUGUGCCUGUCGCUGGCCCAUGGCGACGUCGCGCUGGCCACGCGAACAUACGAGAAGCUGCGGUUCGACCGCGUGCGCCAGAGCCAGACCAAUGGCGAGGACCUUCGUGACCGAUGGCACAAUGCGCUCAAGAACAUCGACGAAGGUGUGGAAAUCGACCCGGAGUCCAUCAAGAUCCGCAACCGGUGGCUGUAUGCCUUUGACGCCGAGGCCGAUACUCGGGAAAGAUGGGCAGAGGUCUCGGCACAAGCGGCCGAGGAGCUGCGCAGAGGCAAGAUCACGCCGCUGUGUGAUACCGAGCCAGAGAGAGUAACAAAUGGACCCAAUGUGGGACAAACGAACUGA